AUGGCAGACGAAUCUCAAUACCCUACCGCCACAGACACCACACCACCUUCAUCCAAUAAGCGCAAAUUCGAUGACCAAACAGCGCCGCCUCCGUCAACACGGAGGCAAACAGGAUUCUCAUCUCCGAUUUCCGAUACCGCUCCACCGCCAUCUUACAACAGCGUGCCGCCGCCUGCUGACGAGAUCCAGAUGGCUAAACUGAAAGCUCAGGAGAUCGCCGCUCGUAUAAUGAGUGGUGCUGGUGCUGAUAUUAAGCGACCUAGGGUUGAAAACGGCGCUAGUGGGUUUGAUUCUAGUGAGAACACUAAGGGAUUCAGCUCUGCUCCUCCAGAUAUGAAGUCAAACAUAUCAAACUCAGCCCCUUCAUCAAUUCCGGUUUCAUAUGGCUCAUACCUGGGUGGUUCUGGUUCGAGUAAAAAAAUUGAGAUUCCACAAGGAAGGGUUGGUGUUAUCAUUGGGAAAGGUGGAGAGACUAUCAAAUAUCUUCAGCUUCAGUCUGGAGCUAAAAUUCAGGUUACGCGAGAUAUGGAUGCGGAUCCCAAUUCCCCAUGUAGGAUGGUUGAACUUAUGGGUACUCCGGAACAAAUUACCAAGGCAGAACAGUUGAUUAAUGAUGUCCUUGCAGAGGCUGAUGCAGGGGGUUCUGGUACAGUUUCACGAAGGUUUGCAGGACAAGGUGGCUCUGAACAUUUUGCAUUGAAGAUUCCCAAUAAUAAGGUUGGUCUGGUUAUUGGCAAAGGUGGUGAGACAAUUAAGAACAUGCAAGCUAGGUCAGGAGCCCGUAUUCAGGUUAUACCAUUGCAUCUGCCCCCAGGUGAUACAUCUGCAGAAAGGACAGUCCACAUAGAGGGGACCAGUGAGCAGGUCGAGACUGCGAAACAGUUGGUUAAUGAAGUCACCAGUGAGAUUCUUGAUCAUGAUGCAAUACACAAAUUUCUAUUCAAACGGUUAAAAGGGGAUUCUUAUUGUUUGUCUGUGAUACAAGGUCUUAUACUUCUCCUGCUUAGGGUUAGGGUUGUUGGAAUUUUGGUGACACCAACAUGGAUUCCUUUGUGUUGGUGUUUCCCUCGACAUUGCCCUGGUUCAUUUAAUUCAGUGGAUGCAUCAUUGAUAAGACCAUGUCCAGUUUCCAUAGAUAGGAAUCGUAUGAGGAAUCCAAACAUGGGUGGAGGUUAUCCUCAGCAAGGAUAUCAAGCACGACCACCUACAAACUGGGGCCAGUCUUCAGGUCCACCAAUGCAGCAAGCUGGUUAUGGCUACAUGCAGACUGGAGCAUAUCCUGGUGCAUCAGCACAGUAUAAUAUGUCUCAGCCAGCUUAUCAAGGCUACCCGCCCCAACAACCAUCCGGUGGAUACCCAUCUAAUUGGGACCAGUCAGCAAAUCAGCAAAAUCAGGGUUAUGAUUACUAUAGUCAGCCACCUUCAUCUCAGCAACAAACCCCUGGUGGUUCUGCAGCUCCAGCUGAUAGCACUGGUUAUAGCUACAGUCAGGCACCAGCUUCUGGUUAUAACCAACAAGGGCAGGGUUAUAGCCAAGAUGGCUAUGGUGGGUAUCAACAGCCUGGGUAUGGUCAGCCACCACCGUAUGAUCAACAGCAAGGUUAUACUUCUGCUCCUAACUAUAGCAAUGUGGCUAACCCAACUCAGGAAGGACAUACUGCUUCAUAUGGAGCUCAAGGAGAUUCAGCUCAAGCGCCAUCUCAGCCAUCUGCAAUGGGACAGCAAGGUUAUUCUACUGGCCAGCAGCCUAGCCCGAACCCAGCAAGUUAUCAAUCUCAGGGCACUGCUCAGCCUGGUUACGGAGUACCCCCAUCUUCCCAAGCUGGCUAUGGGAGUCAACCGCCUGCACAUUAUGGGAGCUAUGGAGCCCCUCAAUCACAGAAACCUCCAGCCAAUCCUCCUGUAUAUGGGCAGAGCCAACAGUCACCUAGCACUCCUGUAGGCUAUGGCCAGCCAGCUGGACAGCCAGGAUAUCCACAUUCCCAGCCACCGCCAUCUGCUUAUGCUCAACCUGAUUCAGGUUCCCAACGUGCUCCACAAUCCAGUUAUGGUGCCACAGGGGCUCAGCCAGGGUAUGCUCCUCCUUAUGGUGCACCACCAGCUGGCCAACCAGGUUAUGGACAGGUGCCUCCACCUUACAACGCCUCUUAUGGUAGUAGUUACUCCCAGCCUGCUGCAUAUUCUGCUGAUGGCAGUGCAACCAACAAUGCUCGUGGGACAUAUGAAACAGCACCAGUAUCACAGACUGCUCAACAGAGUGGAGUUGCUAAAGCAUCACCACAAAGUUGA